AUGGCCUCAUCUGCAUGCCGCAUGAAACCCGAGAAUCCCGUUGAGGCCCGUGAUCGGGCCAGUUCGCCCAUCAUUAAUGUGGAAAGAGAUACUGUCAGCUGUGCGGCAGUUCUAGUGAAUGAUACCAGCAACCACAACGGUAACAGUAAUCCGGACACGGAAAUUUCUAGCCCUACCGCAUUCAGAAGUAUCUCCAAGGCAGAAGAGGUUGUUAGUAACACUGCAAAGCUUCUUGCUCCAAACAAACCAGACAAAUUGCCCGGUUCUUUGCGGUCUAACACUAGCGAAGAAGAUCAACGAGCCCUGAUAACCCGAUCCUCCACCUAUGAUACGUCCAGCAACAGUGAGGCGCUGUCGCAACCGGUUAUUGUUCAGGAAGCUCCUGCACGAAUAACUUCACCGAAAGAAACGCAGUUCUCGAUCACACUUCAACCAAUAACGGAAGGCUCAUCGCAGUCUGGACCAAAACCGGAAGUUGGACAGCGUCGAGAGAAAAAAUCCUCCACAAAGAAUCAUGUGGUAUCACCGACCAAUAACAAACACUCAUUCUCCGUAUUUCUCUCCGGAUCGCCGAAUUCUGAGAACUGUGGAUUUCCUCGCGGCCGGCAAACAGUCACGACGAGUCUGCGGGUACAUCGAAUUUAUCCCAAACCUCCUCGUUUGCGUCGGGAAGCAGUUGAAGGCAAACCAGUCCCCCGUCCAUCAUCUGAAAUAAUUCGACCGUUAAAGCCAUUUGUGAAGCCAGAUGGAAAGCCAGUGAGCAACCGAUUUGUUACCAAACCAAUGAACAAUGCCGAACUGCCUGAAAACAAAGGGAUAGAGAUUAAGGAUGCAUUUGACACCCUGAAUGCAAAUAUUCAAAGUAUAAUUCUACGGCUGCACGACUUCAACGUGAUUCCCGGAGGACCGUGGCGGGGAAUAAUUUACCUGGUUAUCAAGAAGACCAUAGUCAUCUCCGACAUUAUUCUCAAAAUAGAAGAAUGUCUCAAAAUCUCAUCCGACAGAAAAACUAGUGGAUUUGAAAAACGAGAAGAACACAAAUAUACAUGCAUGUCUUCCGAUUCAACAAAGGAACAACGUGAACCCCCAGGCAAAUUUACCUAUGACUUGAGCGAAUUUCAGCAGUCCGCCACUGCAACAGCCAAACGCAACGAGACAUGCUACUUGCCCUAUUACGGCCCAGUUGAGUUCAAGCCGGGUCAUUAUGCAAUCCCUUGUAUAUUCCCUAUCAGUUCCACGAGUCAUCCAUCAUUCUCGCUGAGACAGGAUGCAAACACACCAAACGCUUCAGAGUUACUUCAUUCCUACCACAUUUAUGCCACACUUCGAUGCCUGGCGGAUGACUCCAACAAGCCCGUGGAAAUCGAUACAGGGAAACUACCACUGAAGGUAAUGAGCUGUGGGCCACUUCCUCAAGAAUUAGACAACGGGGAUAUCAUACCUGCUCUUGUUCAAACCUUUGCCUUAUCAGACGUCAAUUUAAUGUUUCAGACCGAGAGCUUGACUGUACAGGACGGUGACACAAUUCGCUUCUACUUAUUCGCCGAUAAAAUUGGAGUGAUAAAACACGUCCGAGGAUUUUUGUUACAAGCAUUUCACGUACCUUGUUUGAACAUUGGUGUGGAGAAAUCAUCACAAAAAGACAAAAAGCUUUCCGAUAACGUAGUCGUAAGAGAUCAAACGGAACCGAUUCCCAUGACAACCGACUUUGCCACGCCAUUCAGUCCGGAGGCGGAAGCCAAAUCAGUUGAGCGUCUGGAUCAAUCGGUCCAGCAAUGCGGAUUUUAUGUAUCCUCUCUCGACAGUGACGAUCAGAUUUCCUCGGAAGCGACGCUGACCUCGCCACCAGAUGUACCAUGGGAGAAGCGCAAAGCUGGUUGUACAAUCUCCUUGAACAUACCCACAAGAACUGUGCCACAAAUCAACAUGGAGCAAGUCCGAGUUGUGUAUUAUGCACGGAUUAUUGUUCAAUUGAAAAAGAAGACAAUCGCAUACAGCAUACCGAUAUCCGUGGUCGAAACUAGACUUUCACCUUGGCAGAUCCGCCGAAUUCUACCGAUGGAUCAAUUUUACUCCUACGAGGGUCCUAUUAUGGCUUAUCCGAUAUUCUGCAAACUAGAUACGGUAUAUGAGAAGCCUUUUUGCGCCAAAGUUCGCAUUUGGUUCGACCUCGAGAGACAUCCACUGAGCAAUGUGGCCGAAGUUUUAAGCCUAACCAAAGUGUUAAUGAAAACUAUCGAACAUGAAAACUAUGGACUGCAUAUUGGUGAAGUCUAUAAGGCUCAUAUUGUCAAAGUGACAGAAACAAAAGAGGAAUUGUGA